AUGAGUUUAUACUUUACAACAUUAUUUUUAUUGCUCACCAUUGAGAUGGUGAUGCUCUUCAUCUUCGUUUUGCCAUUACCAUUCCGGAUCCGUAGAGGUAUUUUUAGCACCUAUAAUCAAUUGACAGCGAAGCAGCAAAUAAAAACUAUAAUCUUUAUAACGGGUUGUCUUGUUGGUCUGUUGUUUAUCGAUUCAUGGAAGAGGUCUCAAAUCCGUGUUUCAUUAUACCACAACGAUAACAGUGGCUCAAUGGGGUCAUCUGCUGUAACUCCAAUACAGGCUCUAGCAUCAAGAGCUUACAAUCAAAGAAAUAUGUACAUUUCCGGGUUCAUAUUGUAUUUUUCUAUCUGCAUCCCAACUGUCAUGUCUAUUGUCAAGAGACUGGUGAAAUACCAAGGCUUAAUCAACGAACAAAAAAAACAAAAAUCAAAUAAACCUUCUCCAAACGCUAAGAAAGAUUCAAAAGAAGCUGAUUCCGUUAAACUUCAAGAAGAACUGAAGAAAAAGCAAAUUUCGUUGGAGGGCCUACAAAAGCAAGUCAAAAACUUAGAGAAAUAUUUUGAUGAGAAGAAUCAACCUGGAAACGUAGCCGCUGCUGAAGCUGCGAAGAAAGGAAAUUAA